ACAAUGACACAAGUCUAAAAACAUGUAAAAUUAGACAAUGAAUUUAUAAAUAAAGCCGCGAAAAUUAAAAAAUAUACUUGUUUCAGACUCAAAAAUGAAAUUAAAGUCUUUAGAGUUAUAUACUUAUUUUAUUAUUUGGAUCUCCGCUAAUAUUUACUCUUUAUAUAAACUGUUUGAGGCACAAAGUGAUAUUUUAAGAAACAAUCAAGACAUACAUACCCUAACUGAUUUACAAGAUGGUUGGAGAUUCACUGGAAGAUUCAAAGAUGUAUCGGAUAUUGAGUGGAGCAGCUGGAAAUAUUUUUUACAGACUUCCUGGGUGUACUUAAUAUUCCAGUACAUCGUAUCAGAAUUCUUACGGAAUACAUUUUCAUCUAUUUUGAAAUACUGGUACAUUGUAUCCAGUGUAGUUUUUGUAACUAUCUUCAUGGGAUAUAAACAAAUGAUUAUUAUUUUUACACAGCCUGUGAUAUAUGCUAUGAUCUUAUUUAUUGGUGGCAAAAAACUUAGCAUUUGGAUCACAAGUAUAUUACUACUUUUUAGUUAUAACUCUCUGAAAUAUAAAUAUUAUUUUUGGAGCUUUUUGGAUUAUAAAGACAUGCAGGAUGAAGAAGUAUAUCUGAUAUUAUUCAGUGUUGCGUGGAUUGAGCUUCGCUGCAUAAGUUACUGUUUAGACUUUGUAGAAAGGAAAGAUGGUAAAUCAUUGAAACUAGAUGAAAUAAUUAAUAUGUUUAGUUACAUAUUAUAUUUACCUUUACUCUAUAUGGGACCAAUCAUUCUAUAUGAGGAAUUUGAAAAUAGUUUUGUAACAAGAAGAGAAAAUUUACCAUCAAGAAUUAGAAGGUUUAUUUGUGAUAUGUUCUUUUUUCAACUAUACUCGUUGAUAUUGGAUUAUGUGUUCCAUUAUAUAUAUUUUUUUGCUAUGCAAAGUAACAUGGAGUUGAUAAGAAAGUUGCCCACAAUAGCUUUAUGUGGUGGUGGACUCUUUAUGGGUUUAGAGUUUCACAUGAAGUAUGUGAUCUCAUACGGCACUGCUGGAGCGUUUGCUAGGUUGGACAACAUGGAUCCACCUCCCACACCAAGAUGCAUAGCAAGGAUUCACGUAUACUCUCAAAUGUGGAGGCAUUUUGAUGUGGGACUGUACCGGUUUUUAGUCAAGUACAUCUACAAACCCAGUUACAGUGUACUUAGCCAGUACUGCAACUUACCCAGGUUCGCUUACAAGCUAAUAGCGUCGCUGGCAACAUUCCUCUUCAUUUUUGUCUGGCAUGGCACUGUCUGGCAUAUACUUAUCUGGUCAGUGCUCAACUACUCUGGCAUCACAUUAGAACAUAUCGGCAAGUGUAUUUCAAGGCAAAAAAUUUAUAUAAAUUUUAAGAAAAAUAUUUUGAAAUCAGAUGCUGCAGAGACACGGUUUAUAGCUAUACUAUGCACACCUCUAUUGGCCUUAUCAGCGAUUUCUAAUUUCUAUUUAUUUGCUGGCAGUGAGGUUGGUAACUUAUUUUUUGAAUGUUUAUCGCAUCCAUCUUUGUUAAGCUCGUGUAUAUUAGGUGUAUCUUUGUAUAGCUGUUGUCAAGUUUCCAUGGCCUUGGAACAUAUUCCAUCGAGAGGCAGUUCCAAAAAAGAUCUAGGCUUCCGUAACGUGAGCACUUGAGAUAUUCUACAUAAUUAUAAAAUCUUAUAAAGAUCAGUUUGAGGAAUCUCUUUAAACAUUAUAAACAGUAGCUGGGGAACAUGUUUAAAAUUAUCAUCACAAAAAAUCUCACAAAGUUUUAUAGGUAUGUAAUUGUAAAGAUGUGAUAGUCAAGUGAUAAUAUUAUUAUAAAAAUAU